AUGUUGUUGCUGUCUUCCCUUCUCAUCGCUCAGUUCGUUCCCCGUGCCUUGGGUGCCAUUGGUCCCAAUUCCAACCUCUAUGUCGCCAAUAAGGAUAUCGCUCCUGAUGGCUUCACUCGAUCUGGUGUACUUGUUGGCACUAAUGCUAACAACCUCGCCUUCCCUGGCCCUGUUAUCCGUGCCAACAAGAACGACCACUACAAUCUGAAUGUCAUCGAUGAACUCACCGACCCUACUAUGUUGCGAACGACCAGUAUCCACUGGCACGGAUUCUUUAUGAACGGCACUGCCUGGGCUGACGGUCCUGCCGGUGUCACGCAGUGCCCCAUCGCCCCUGGCCAUUCCUUCCGUUACAAGUUCCAAGCGAAGAACCAGGCUGGUACUUUCUGGUACCACUCUCAUCAUUUGUCCCAGUACUGUGACGGUCUUCGAGGUGUCAUGGUCGUUUAUGAUCGCCACGACCCCCACCGCCAUCUCUACGAUGUCGAUAACGAACAAACUAUCAUUACCUUGGCAGAUUGGUAUCACACUCCAGCCCCCUCUGCCGGUCUGGUCCCCACCCCCGAUUCCACCUUGAUCAACGGCAAAGGUCGUUAUGUUGGUGGACCUAUGGUCCCUCUCUCUGUCAUCCAUGUCCGACGUGGAAGGCGCUACCGAUUCCGAUUGGUUUCCCUCUCUUGCGACCCAUUCUACACCUUCUCCAUUGAUGGCCAUAGCAUGACCAUCAUCGAAGCCGAUGGUAUCAGCACUGAGCCCCUCAUUGUCGACUCAAUCCAGAUCUUCGCCGGCCAGCGCUACUCCUUCGUCCUCAACGCCAACCGCCCCGUCGACAACUACUGGGUCCGCGCUAACCCCAAUCUCGGUGACAUUGGCUACGCUGGUGGAAUCAACUCUGCCAUCCUCCGCUACGUCGGUGCACCCAACGCUGAACCCACCACCACUGAAUCACCCUCGCUCAACCCCCUCCUCGAGACGAACCUCCACCCGCUCCACAGCCCCGCUGCUCCUGGCAACCCCACCCCCGGUGACGUCGAUGUUGCGAUCAACCUCGAUGUCGUCUUCGACUUUGCCAGCUUGAAGUUCCAGGUCAACGGUGCUACCUUCGAUGAGCCUCCUCUCCCCGUCAUGCUGCAAAUCAUGAGUGGUGCCCAUACUCCCCAGGACUUGUUGCCCGCCGGUGGUGUCUACACCCUCCCCAAGAACGCUGUCGUCGAGCUGUCCAUGCCCGGUGGCUCUGUUGGUUCUCCUCACCCCAUGCAUCUUCACGGCCACGCCUUCAGCGUCGUCCGAAGUGCCGGAAGCUCCACCUACAACUUUGUCAAUCCUGUCCAGCGAGACGUUGUCAGUAUCGGUCAAGCCGGCGAUAACGUUACCAUCCGAUUCAGGACUGACAACUCUGGUCCUUGGAUUCUCCACUGCCACAUCGAUUGGCACUUGGUUCUUGGCCUGUCCGUCGUCUUUGCUGAGGACGUUCCUACUAUUGCUGCUUCGAAUCCUCCUCCCGCAUGGCACGAUCUCUGCCCCAUCUACGAGGAACUCCCCCCUGGUACUAGGUAA